AAAACAAGAUAACUUAUCAUUACUAAUCAAUCCUUUUCUUUUACUGAAAGGCAAGUUGCUGUUGUGCUGGAGCUGAGAAGAGGUCUGCUGCCUGCAAUGGGUCCAUCUCUCUCAAGUUAUCGCAGUAUUGUAGCUCUCAAAGUUCAAAAAAGUAUGGUGGAAGCUGUUGCCAAGGUUCCGACCAGAAAAGACAGCCAGUAUAAAAGGGUCCACACCACUGAUCUCUACUACAGGGCAUGGACAGCACAUCGAGCACCCUCGACUGAAGCCAACCUUGUCCCGGAAGUUGGUGCUUCACAACUUUGCGGCAGCACUUCGUUUGCACGGCCUGUGGAGACAAGGUUUCUUAGACAUGGCCAUGGCCCUCAAGGAAGAUGCCGAGGCCACAGGCAGUUCCUCCAGUGACCGUGACAAGUCUAAUUUGG